AUGGUGGCUGAUGACCAGAAAGCAACAAUGCCCACAUGCCCCAACCAUAUCCACAACUCCAGCAGCCCCACUUACUUGGUGGUGACUCCCAUGCAUCAGCUUAUAGCAAGACAAGCAUUCAACACAGAGUUCUAGCCUGUCAAGACCUUUUGGAUCCUGGUGCAGUCAUUCAUCUUCUUAGCUAUCCCUCUCAGCUUUGUGUCAACUUCAGGGAAGCAAAUAAGCAACACAUACAUAAGAUGUCAGAAAUGCUUAGAGUUUGGACUUUGGAUUAAUGAAUGCACAGGAAAAAGAAAAUACCUACAUAGGCCUUCAAGAACAGCAGAAAUAAAGAAAGAUUUAAAAGAAAAAGAAAACAGAUUAUUAUUACAACAAAGCAUUGCAAAGACUAAUAUAGAAAGAAAGACCAAGAAAAAAAGGUCUAAGAGUAUAACCAGUUCUAGUAUCAAUAGCAGUGACAGUUCAGCCAGUGAAUCUUCAUCAGAGAGUGAAGAAAUGUCUACCUCAUCCUCCUCAAAGGAUAGUGACACUGAUGAAAUCUCCUCUAGUUCACCAUCUUCAGCCUCCUCUACAAGCUCUUCCACCUCCUCUGCUUCAGACUCAGAUUCCAGCACCUCCACUAGCAGCAGUAGCAGAAGAAAUAGCAGCUCUGAGGAUGAACCACCAAAGAAGAAGAAAAAGAAAUAG